AGAGUUUAGCAAGAAGCUGUCUGCACUGCAUACAUCCCAGGUUGUCACGAAAGCAUGGAAUCAAAAGGAAUGAGCCUAGGAAGUUCUUUGCUAGUCCCCUGUGUUCAAGAGUUGGCAAAAGAGCCCUUGACAGCCAUCCCGGAGGGAUACAUCCGUCCUGAACAAGAACAACUGAUCGUUUCCAGUUCAGAUUCAGUGCUGGAAAUCCCUGUUAUUGAUUUUCAGAACUUGCUUUCUCAGGGAUCGGUGGAAGAUGAGUUAGCCAAGCUUGACUUUGCGUGCAGAGAAUGGGGAUUCUUCCAGGAUUUCUUCAACCUCCCAUUGGAAGAGAAGAAAAAAUAUUGGCAGUAUCCAGGAGAAGUAGAAGGAUUUGGACAGGCCUUUGUUGUCUCCAAGGAGCAAAAGCUUGAUUGGGCAGAUCUCUUCUUCAUGACUACACUCCCAAAACAUUUUAGAAAACCCCACUUGUUCCCUAAGCUCCCUCUUCCUUUCAGAGAAACAUUGGAAAUGUACUCACUGGAGAUGAAAAAUGUAGCCAUGUGUAUCAUAACAAAGAUUGCAAAAGCUCUUGGUUUGAAAGAGGGAGAAAUGGAGGAGUUCUUUGAAGGAGGAAGGCAGUCAAUGAGGAUGAAUUAUUACCCUCCAUGUCCUCAACCAGACAAGGUUAUUGGACUCACCCCUCAUUCUGAUUCCGUAGGUCUCACCAUCCUUCUUCAGGUGAAUCAAGUAGAUGGCCUCCAGAUUAAGAAAGAUGGCAAGUGGGUUGCUGUGAAGCCCCUCCCAAAUGCCUUCAUUGUCAACAUUGGAGACAUUUUAGCGAUCAUAACAAAUGGAGCAUAUCACAGCGUUGAACAUCGUGCAACGGUUAACUCAGAAAGAGAAAGGCUUUCAAUUGCUACAUUUUACAGUGCAAGGCAUGAUGGGGAAAUAGGACCUGCAAGAAGUUUGAUCACUCAAAAAACACCUGCGUUGUUCAAGAGAGUGCCAACAGAAGAAUACCUUAGAGGAAUAUUUGCUCGUGCGCUUCAAGACAAACCUUACCUUGAUACCAUGAGACUAUAACAUGGUACUCCUCUAAUUAAUGUGCUAGUUGGGACAAUGCUGUCUGAAAAAACGUGGAUUAGUCACAGAAUGAGUAGCACUACUAUGCUACCAUAUAUACAACCACUUAACUUGGAGGUUACAAAUAUGGGGAGGGGGGAAUUGAACCCCAGCCCUCGAACUGGAGAGAUGGACCUUACAAAUCGAUCUAUGACCGUUCGACUGUGAGACCCAGGUGCCUAAACACUUAACUAUUGGAGCUUGCUCUUUAAGUGCACUUAAUUUUUUUUAUAAAAGAAAGUCAAAAUUACACCAUUUUAAUCUCUUUGAUAAGCAUUGAUAAGCAAAAGAAUUUGAUCACCCGCGCAUGUGCAUGCUGCUU